AUGGCAUGCGUGCCGGGUCUCAACAAAGUGUCCGGUGUGGUCAUGAGCACCCUGGAGAACGUGGCUCGAGAAGCCGCCAAGAAGGUCACCGACAUGAUCCCGGACCUGAACAUCGACUUCAGCGGCAAGCCGGUCGCGCUGGCGGUGGACAAGGUCUAUUGCGUGGAAGCAUACACGACACCUGGUUUCUCUACUGCUUCGUGUGCGGAAGAGCUUGGGUGCAGCCAUGUCGGCAGAAAGCCUUCAUCCGAUGCUGAGGUAACGAGAAUUCUGCCGCAGAAGAAGAAGCCGAGUCACGAGCUUCUCCACACCAGGCAGUUGGUCCAUAAGCUGGGACUGGGAGAUCACUUCCUCGAGCUGGGCAACUUCCGCCUCGCGGCCAUGGACUACCACCACUUCUCGAUCUCCCACUGCACCGGCAACAAAGCCCACACCUACUACUGGCCAAUCUUGAACAGCGGCCGGCGCCGAGGCGUGACCAGCGAAGCCAAUUGGCCGGCAUGUCAGAAGAGAUGUUCAAACGUGUGGAACUGUGUGCAUUUCACCUUCUAUCCGAAUGGCGGCUGCCGCCUCCACACCAGUGCGGCGAAGCCGUACACUUCUGGCUUCAACGGCAUCGCAGGCCCAAAGAGAACAGAGAAUCACAACUGCCGGACAAUUCAAAUCUGGCAUGCCGACGGCCGCAACCACUAUGGUCCAACACUCGAUUGGGGCGCCUGGCACAAGUCACGGACGCCCAACGCCCACGCUAGUGCAAUCAAGUUUGGCUUCGAGUUCAUCGAGAUUGGGCACUUCCGACUUGGUGCUGCAGACGAUGAACACUUCUCACUUUCGCACUCGAACGGCAACACCCUCGAGAUCUUCAAAGAGGAUGGCUACAUAGACGGCAACAGACGGACUGACUACGGAACCUGGGAUCGUCCUGUCGGGAAGCCUUUGGGCAUCAGCUUUGGCGACAGAUUCCUCCAGUUGGGGAACUUUCGAAUUGGCGACGAGGAUAACAUGCGCUUCGUGAUCUCGAGUGUCAAGAAGAGGCGGAGUAUCCAGGUCUUUGAUGGCCAUGACGGCAAGACGAAGGGGAACCAAUGGAGCCACUACACCUCGUUCCUGAAUCGGCCUCCGGCAGACUACACUGUCAAAGGCAUCGGCGAGACUUCCUUUGGAGCUUGUGAUCCCCAAUUUGCAGCUUGGGGAGAUCGAUUUAUCCAGCUAGGCGACUGGCGCAUGGGGGCCUACGACGACCAUCACUUCACGUUCUCUCACAAGGAUGGAAGGACGGCUGAGAUCUUGACGUCGGACGGAGUUCAGCAUCGUCACCAGCCGAGCAGCAGUUUCGGCACCUGGCACAGGCCCCUUGGGUUUCCCUCCGGCAUUGUCUUCGGCCAUCAGUUCAUCCAGUUUGGGAACUGGCGGGUGGCGGCGAUCGACGACCGGCAUCUUAGCAUCUCUCACAGACGCGGAAAGACGGCGAAGCUCUUCCAGCUCCAUCAUCAUCCUCACCUGCAUUGGGGGUUCACCGGUGGACUGACAACCUACAGUGCAUGGGGAAGAAGAAUCGGACCUGCCUCAGGCGUGAACUUCGGCGAUAAGUUCAUACAGAUUGGCAAUUUCCGAAUCGGCGACUCUAAUGGAAUGAAUCUCGCCAUUACCUUCGCCCCCUGGGGAAACUCCCUCUACCGUUUCCACAAAGAUGGCUGGGCUGACACGGACCACCACGGCUCGUACGGACCCGCCGUCAACAGUCGCCCUACGCAUUGGCACUGCGGCAGCUUGCAGGAGGCCAUGGGCUCCUGCACCGGCAUCGUCACAGGUGAAGAUUUCAUGCAGAUCGGGGACUGGCGGCUUGCUGCAGAGGGCGACACCUUCUCGGUGUCGCACAUCGAUGGGCAG